CUAGCUCAAAGAUUUCCUGUGUGGGGCUGCAGUGGCUCAGCCCACAGAGCGCCGAGGAGCUUUUCCUCAGAGAGAGAGAGAGAGAGAGCGCUCACACACUUACACUCACUCUCUCAAACACACACACACGCGCGCGCCGCUUUACUUCGCACUACUACUAACUCUACGGCUCGCCUCUUAUUAAUGAAGGCUCGGACGGGCUAAAGUUGAGUGAUGGAGUCGUGUCGGUGUUUGGUGCUGUGGUGGGCCGCUGUGUUCGUGUCCGUGGUUGGAGUCGGAGGGAUGGUUCCUGGGAUAUUUAAGUUGACAAGGCUGUGCAAGUUCUGCGAUAGGGAGCCUUCUUCCUGUAACGGCACGGGCACCUGCCAGGCCAACUGCAGCAUCACAUCUAUCUGUGAGAGAAGUGAUGAGGUGUGCGUGGCAAUCUGGUAUGAGGGCAACCAAACAGUUGAGACAGUAUGUCAUCUCCCAUCCAAGCCUAUGUAUGGCGUUCAUCUGGACGACUAUAACAGCUCCACGUGUGAGAUGAAGGAGUAUAAAACAGACAGUGGUCAGCUCUUCAUCUGCUCAUGCAUCGGCGAAGAGUGCAAUGAAAACCUGGUUUUCCCUCACAAUAUAGGACCAGGAGCCAUAGAGAACCAAGUGGUGUCUGUGAUUCUGGUCAGUCUGCUGCCUCUGCUGGUUUUGGCCAUUCUUGUCGUCGCCUCCUUCUACUGGUACCGCAUCCAACGGCGCCGCAAGCUCAAUCAGUGGGAAACCAAGAAGCCACUGAAGCGCAAAGGUCCCAAAGGACCUCUGGACUGCAGCGAUGCCUGUGCUAUAAUGAUGGACGACGAUCGCUCUGACAGCAGCUCCACACACGCCAACAGCCUCAACCACAACACAGAGCCACUGCCCAUAGAACUGGACCUGCAGGUGGGCAAGGGCCGCUUUGCCGAGGUCUACAAGGCCAAGCUGAAACAGAGCUCCUCAGAGCAGUUUGAGACAGUAGCUGUCAAGAUCUUCCCAUAUGAGGAGUAUGCUUCCUGGAAGAAUGAGAAGGACAUCUUCUCUGACAUUGACCUGAAGCACGAGAACGUGCUGCACUUCCUGACAGCCGAAGAGAGAAAGGUGGAGAAGCAGUACUGGCUAAUCACAGCCUACCACUCUCGCGGGAACCUGCAGGAGUACCUCACGCGCCACGUCAUCAGCUGGGAGGACCUGCGUCUGCUGGGCGGCUCGCUGGUCCGGGGCGUGGCCCAUCUCCACAGUGACCACACACUGUGUGGAAGGCCCAAAGUGCCUAUCAUCCAUAGAGACCUCAAGAGCUCUAACAUUCUGGUGAAGAAUGACCUCACCUGUUGCCUGUGUGACUUCGGCCUGGGCCUGCGGCUGGACAACUCCCUGUCUGUGGAUGACUUGGCCAACAGCGGACAGGUUGGAACAGCCAGGUACAUGGCCCCAGAGGUGCUGGAGUCAAGAAUCAACCUGGAGAACAUUGAGUCCUUCAAGCAGACGGACGUGUACUCCAUGGCUCUAGUGCUGUGGGAGCUCACCUCCAGAUGUAAUGCCAUUGGAGAGGUGAAAGACUAUGAACCUCCGUUUGGCUCCAAAGUGCGAGAGCACCCCUGUGUGGAGAGCAUGAAGGACAACGUGCUCCGAGACAGAGGCAGACCCGAAAUCCCCAACAGCUGGACAAAACAUCCGGGCGUGGCCUUAGUGUGUGCCACCAUCAACGAGUGCUGGGACCACGACCCCGAGGCCCGGCUCACAGCGCAGUGUGUGGCCGAGCGCUUCAGGGAGAUGGACGAUGAGCUGGACAAGCUGUCCACCCGCAGCAGCUCGGCGGAGAAGAUACCGGAAGACUGUUCUGUGAGCGUGAGCGAUGACAAGUGAGAAACAGAGAAGGGAGAGAGAGACAGAGACCAAUUACAGCCUCCCUGGACUGUUCUGUCUGCCACUCUGACUGGUGGCCAACCAGGUCCAUCUGUGCGCAGCUCAUGUGAUUCCCAAGAAAGAGUCUCUGCCUCCAAACAGCGGAAACUGGAAAUCCGGAUACAUUCAGUAUGUUACAGCUAAUGUGUGUUGGGUGAGUGUGUGUUGGGUACUGGAGUGUAUUGGAGGCCUCAGGGUGAAGGCCAUGGGGAAAUGAAGUACCUAAAGCUUUUUUUUUAUUAUUGUGUCUCAUAACCUAAGAGUUAAUGCACUUUAUCAGAUUACCUAUGCAUAGCUGGUGUUUUUAAUACCAAUGAUUUUAUGUGGACGUCUCAACUCCAGCAGGUAUUCACAAGAGAUUAUAUGACAUGUACAGAUCCAUUCAGCACUGUUUUUUUAUGAAAAAGUGUGUUUGUGCUUAAGUGUUUGAGUAUGUGUGUGUAUGUAUGCUUGUGUGGGUGCAUGUAAUCUUGUCUGACUCCAUCUGUAUGAAUAAGUGGUGUGUGUUUGACUUCGUUUUAACAAAGACUUUUAUUUUACAUGUAUACCAGAGAGAAUAAGCACAGUGUAAAUAGGUUUUCAGUGGAAACCAAUAUCAGCGCAUUGCAAAAGCCAAAAAAGGGAAAACAGCCCUGCAUAUGGAAUAUCAUGUGUACAGAAAAUCAGUAUUUUGGUAAAGAAUUUCCAAAGAUGUAGUACUAUUUUAUACAUGAUGUGGAAAACAAAAGCAAAAUGUGCCUUUCUUUUUAUGUUUUUUCUAUGUAAUAUAUUGUAAAUCUUUUAUGAUUAAAGACAUUUAUGUACAGUGUUUACUCUAAUAA